AUGGCAGACCAGAUGAACCUCCCCAUAAUCGACCUCGACGUCUACCUCACCCAACCGGCCUCAUCGCCCGCCGUCGCCGCCGAAUGCGCCAAAGCCGCCAACGCACUCAUCACCUACGGCGCCCUCGUCCUACACGACUCGCGCGUCUCGCCCUCCGACAACGAAACCUUUCUCGACCUCCUGGAAGACUACUUCGCGCAACCCGAGGCCGAUCUGCGCAAAGAUGAGCGCCCCGAGCUGAGCUACCAGAUUGGGGUGACGCUCGAAAACACAGAGAAGCCAAAGUGCGCGGUGGACGAGCCGUGCCUGGACGUCAUUCAGCGGCUGGACCCUUCGCAGCGGCCGCUGGACAUUUCGGGCCAUCAGCCUGAUCCCAAGUGUAGAUUCUUCUGGAGAAUGGCGGAGAAGCCGCCUUACGAGACGCAGUUUCCGGGUCUGAAUGCCGCGAAUGUGGUUCCUGAGGCGGAGGGCAUUAAAGAGAGGUGGACGCCUACGAUGGACAAGUGGGGGACUUGUAUGAAGAAUGCUGUGUCGAAAUUAUCUGAAAUGACGGCCGUUGGGCUCGGUCUCCCAGCUAAAUACUUUAGCGACGCCGGGACAUAUGGCCCGCAUCUCCUCGCCCCCACGGCCUCAGAUCUGAACAAAUACUCCCAAAAGGACACCAUCCUCGCAGGUUUCCACACCGACCUCAACUUCCUCACCAUCCACGGCCGCUCCCGCUACCCCGGCCUCAACAUCUGGGCCCGCAACACCGGCGACCGCCUUGCCGUCAAGAUCCCCCAGGGAAACUACCUGCUCGUCCAGGCCGGUAAGCAGCUCGAGUACGCGACCGGCGGGCUCAUCAAGGCCGGAUACCACGAAGUCGUGGUCAACGACAAGACCAUCGAGACGAUUGAGCGGCGCAAGACCGAGUUCCCCGACCGGCCGCUGGUCCGCAUCUCGAGCACCCUGUUUUGGCAUCUGAACUCGGACUUUGAUCUGGCGCCUGUGCCGGAGUUGGCGGAGAAAGCGAGAAAGGUGCGCGAAGAGCAGAAGUUGUUGGGUAGGGAUGAGGGCGAGGAGUCUGCUUAUCCGCCUACAAAGGUGGGACACCAGGUUGAGGGUGAACUGAAACAUAUUGCUCUCAUGGCAUAG